AUGGCAGAUAUCUCGACCCUCGAGACCGACCCUUCGCAAACCCCCAGAGCAAAUUCCAAAGCCGAAGUGUCCAACACCAGCCAUGUCGAAGUCAACCUGGACGACGAGCAACAGCAACUAGGCCACCUUGCCAACCAAGAGGAUCAUGAGCUGGGGGUGUAUGCGUCGCUUCGCAAGUAUCCCUGGGCCUGUGUAUGGUGUGCCUACGCCUGCUGGACGAUCAUCCUGUGCAGUUUCGAACUGCAGGCCGCAGGCUCCGUCCUAGGUAUUCCGACCUUUCGCAAGGACUUUGGGGAAGAAUUCAAUGGCAACUACGUUUUGCCUGCUGCAUGGCAGUCUGCCUUCAAUGCUGCCCCUGUGGCAUCUGCGACAUUCGGAGUCCUCGGUGCCGCCGCGAUUGCUGAUUAUAUGGGCCGUCAAUGGACCAUCGUAGGUGCAUUGGUCGUCUCGUUUGUCGCAAUCACCAUGGAAUUCGUCUCGACCACCAAGGGGGUGUUCUUUGGUGGCAAGUUCCUCAACGGUUUCGCGACUGGAACCAUCCAGGCGGUCAUGACGACCUACAUCGGUGAGAUCACUCCUCUUGCCUGGAGAGGCAUCUUUACCGUGGGCAUUGGUGUUGCAUUCGGAGUAGGUCCCCUCGUUGCAUUCAUCAUCGUCAACUACACGGGGGAUGUCGACACUCGUUGGGCCUACCGUACAGUGUUCUGCUGUCAGUAUGGCUUUGCCGCCGUCUCGGCCCUUCUCGUCUACUUCAUGCCCGAAUCUCCCUGGUGGCUGGUGUCGAAAGGCCGUAAACAAAAGGCCUUGAAAAAUUUGGGGAAGCUUGGACACCGAGGCGAGGAAGGAAGAAAGAAGCUCGCCCUGAUCGAGUUGACACUCGAGGAGAUCAAGCGCGAGACCGAAGGCGUGACGUACCUGGAGUGUUUCAGGAAGUCCAACCUCCGGCGAACAAUCAUUUCCAUCGGACCGUUGAUCAUUCAGGUGCUCACGGGUAUCACCUUCGUGGCCGGAUACUUCACCUACUACCUGCAAAUUGCAGGGUACUCGACGGAAAUGAGUUUUCGGAUCCAAAUCGCCCAGCCCGUCCUCUCAAUCUUUGGCAACUUGGUGGCCGCCGUCAUCAUUGACCGUGUGGGCAGACGGAACCUCACCUUCUACGGCCUUUGCGUACUGGUUGUGCUCCUCUUCAUUGAGGGAGGGUUGGCCACGGGUGGCAGUCCCGCCGAAAUAAAAGGCACCGUGGCCAUGAUCCUGAUCUACAGCUGGAUGUACAAUGUUUCCAUUGGUUCCACAGCGUUCUCAAUCAUGACCGAGACCUCGACUUCCCGACUCCGCGUCAAGACGAUCGCAAUUGGCUUGGCUCUACAAAAUGCCAUCAACGUCAUGUGGCAAUUCGUCUUACCGUACAUGUUCAAUCCUGACAAGGGCAACUUGGGAGGUAAAGUGGCCUUCGUCUUUGGCGGACCAAGCUUUCUCUGUAUCGCUUAUCUCUGGUUCUUCCAGCCGGAGACGGCGGGCCGGACAUACGAGGAACUGGACGAGAUGUUUACCAAACGCGUUCCUGCUCGGAAGUUCAAGACUUACAGGACCGAGGCACAGACCAAGGGUGAGGUUGUGAAGGAAGUCCACAUGAAAUCCGCUCACGAGUGA